CCUACGCUCACCCUCGUGGGACGAUGGCUGGUCGAGACUGGAUGUCCGAUUUGAUCGGAUUCAAUGACAUCUUCCUGACCACCCACCCAGCUGCUGUUCGGCCCAUGGUACACGUGACCCUGUUCAGGCGGUACCAACUAGCCGUCCAGUUUAUCGGACCUGGCAAUCCUGAGCUUCUGGUUCUCAGCCAGCUCCAGUUCGUGACCGUCAGUCGCAGCUCGUCCCGCCUGCAAGUGAAACUCAAGGCAGAUGGAUGGGGCAAUUCAGCUUCGUACAUGAAACGGAUCCGCACACAAAGCGGGAUGCGUCAGAGGAUCCAUGGAUUGCAUUCGGAACAGUUGGGUAAGAGCCUGGAAACGGCGAGCUUCAAUCCUUCUGAAGAAAAGUGCCCAUAUGCAUUCGACUGCUCUUCCUGUGGACUCCCCGCGGAUCCACAAUCAGCAUGCCUGCCACCGCAGGAAGCAGCUUCCUCUGAUCAGUUCUCGCUACCCACAACCGCCCAUAAAGACUUUUGGGGCUUUGCCCUGCCAACCACCACAGGUUCCUGUGACACUACAGGUUCGCACAGUGUUGCCGUCCACACGUCAUCAAGCCUUGAAAGCGGUCCGCCAGUUACUCGCAGUGAAUCGGCUGCUCAGGCGUCGCCAUGUCUUCGCGACUCCUCCCUGCCCUGCAAUCCUGAACAGCCAAUCGAGGUUUCAGAAAGGUACCAGAACUUUCCGCCAGUCCCCUGUGACGAUCCGCAGAGUGAUCUGCUCCUGGAGGACAUUGAGCAGCGUGGAGAGCAACGUCUCUACAAACCCUGUGCUGAUUUAAACGCGGGUAUCUCAUCUCAGCUGCUCGAAGCUCGCAAGAAAACCGAGCAACCAACGUGCCCACGCGCCGAAGCAUUCUGGACUCGGUUUUGUGCAGUCUGCUUGGACUUGUCUACUGACUCAGUUGCAGACAUCGUUGCGAAUGAGAACACACAGAGUGCGGAGUUUCAAUCAUGGAUCGACGUGUUAGCAAGUGACAUCGAGUGCAAUGGUUCGACAUCGGUCACCACAGUUGGAGAAAAGCUCCUGGAGGUUCUGGUGUAUCGGUUCUUCUCGCUGAGGCUAGGGCGCUUUCCCACGGCGUCGCAGUCAUGAAAAUUGUACGCCUAGACUUUGUUUCAGCCCCGCUCAUUCUCGAAGCAUUUGUUUCCUGCUGUACUUUGGUGAAGUCUGUAGCACCGAGCCUUUUAUUCAGCGUGUACACUAACGCCUCGAAACCUUUUUAAACAGUCCACAAAAUUCUUCUUCUCGACGUGUCAUUCCAUGAUUCACAACAAAGGUUUGGCUAGGUGGCAGAACUAUUGAGUGAAAAUAUCAACAAAUGCUCUUACCGCGUUCAAAAUAAAAAAAAAAAUAAAAAAAA